CUCAGGCUCCAUACGAAAUGUCGAAUACCUGGUGGUGGCUUUCAGUAGUGUUACUAAUCUUAGGGCUAAUGCCUGGCAUGAGUCAGCAGGCGGCCCUGGCCGAAUCGGAUUACUAUACGGCCGGAGUGGUGGAGUUCAAACAGUCGAUCUUAAGUCUAUCGGCCUGGUCGGAUUCCCUUGCUGGCUAUGUGGAGAUCAUAAACUCUGAGAACGCCAGUGCCACCGACAUCAUUGUGUUUCCCGAGAGCACACUGAACUCCGCGGGUUCCACGACCUUUGUGCCCAAUCCCGAGGAUCAGAUAAACCCGUGUUUGAGUGACCCCAAUGCCACCUACUAUGAGGAGUUUCUGGUGACCCUGUCGUGCGCGGCCCGCAAUGCCAGUAAAUACAUUGUGAUCAAUCUGACCGAGAAGCAAAAGUGCGAGGAUAUUCCCGAGGAUACGAGGCCAUGUGCAUCUAACGGACUGAAUGUUUUCAACACCAAUGUAGUGUUCGAUCGUCAGGGAGUCGUGGUGUCCAGGUACCGAAAGGUUCAUCUCUAUGGUGAAGCAAAGAACAGCACUUUUCUGCCCGAGCUGAUCACCUUCGAGACAGACUUUGGGGUCACCUUCGGUCAUUUCAUCUGCUUCGACAUCCUGUUCUACACUCCCGCCCAUCAACUCAUCGUGGAGCAGGGUAUUACGGACUUCGUGUAUCCGGCCAUGUGGUUCUCCCAACUGCCCUUCCUCACGGCUGUUCAGACGCAACAAGGUUGGGCCUAUGCCAACGAUGUGAAUCUCCUGGCGUCUGGAGCCAGUCGUCCCUCCAUUGGCAAUAGUGGAUCGGGCAUCUAUCACGGACGUUCCGGCACUUUGACCAGUGUCAUGCGCCAGGACUCCGGCGAGAGGGCCAUCUAUGUGGCCCAGGUGCCCAAGUAUACUCGCAGUAGAUCCCUGAAGAAACGUGCGAAGAGGAGUCUACAGGAGAUCCAAACCCGUCAGGUGGCCUCAAGCUCGAGUUUCUACAUGAAGCGCGAUUACGUGGAGAACUAUGAGUCUGAGUUGCUCAAGUUGGACGAGGGAACUAGUGGUGCUAUCAAUAGAACCAUCUGCCAGGGCAGCUUUUGCUGUAACUUCGACAUAGCGUGGAGAUCCUUGGGUACAGCGACGGAGAAUGGUAGCUACUAUAGCUAUCGAUUGGGAACCUACGAUGGCUGGCGCAACGAGAACAAUGUGGAUGCCAAUUACAUACGUAAUUGUGCGCUGUUCACCUGUUCUGGGGACUCCAUCGAUGAUUGUGGCAAACUAUUGCCCACCGAGGGUGAGCUUCAGCAGUCGCGAGUGACUUUCACGCGCCUGGCGAUCGGUGUUACCUAUCCAGAGUCACGGGAGUUUCUGCUAUUUCCGGACACCCUGCAAGAUAGUUUGCUGCCCCUGGAACCGAGCCAGUUUGAAUGGUCUCAGCGAAAGCCCACGGAAGAUAGCUAUGUCCAAGAAGUUCGCUUUGCCCUGAAGGAAACCCAGGAGCUGAGCAAUCUGUUGACCUUUGGCAUCUAUGGAAAUUACUACGACAAUGAGUGUACAUUUGGUGUUGGCACCGAAGAGGAGCAGCUGGCCUGCGGCUAUAGAAGCGGAUCCCCCGGACUGAGAAUCCUUGGGGGUUGGCUAGCAAUGCCGCUGAUUAUCCUGGCUAUUGCCAGGACAAUGAGUUCAUAAGAUCAAAGUGACACGGGUGUCUUAGGCAUUUUAAGUCAAAUGUCGUAGGGUUCACAUGACGUUGGAUUCUUAUUUUUUAUUUUUUUUUUUACUUACUUCUAAUGCUCGAUAUUAACAGUAUUUAUAUUAAGCAGUCAAAAAUAAAAAAUGCUCUCGACUUGUUGAUAAUU